GAAAGAUGCUUCGCACGUCCGUCAUCGCUGCCUCUGUAGCUACUGCCACUGCCUUCUUGGCUGGCCCAGCUCUUCCUUCUGCUCAUGCCCCAGCACGCAGCAAUGCCAUCAGCUCCAUGUCCAUGCAGGCAAGAAGCAAGCCCCUCCCAUGGCUUGAGGCUCCUCCUGCCCUCGAUGGCAAGAUGGAGGGCGAUGUCGGCUUCGAUCCGCUCUGGGUUUCUUCCAUGCUCCCGGAUGCUGGAUGGAUCAAGUUCCUGCGUGAGGCCGAGCUCAAGCACGGCCGCGUUGCUAUGCUUGCCGCCACUGGAGCUAUCGUGCAGGACAUUUUCACCUUCCCUGGAGUGGACAAGGUCAUCGGUGCUGCCAAGAUGACCAGCGCUCACGACAAGUACCUCUCCCUCGAGAUUGGCGGAAGCAAGGUCGCCACCAUGCAUCAGAUGCUCCUCUGGAUCGGCCUCCUCGAGAUCCUCUCCGCUCCUGCCAUCGUCCAGACCUUCAAGGGUGAGACCUCCCGCGCCCCCGGUGACUUCGGCUUCGAUCCCCUCGGUUUCUCUAAGGACGCCAAGUCUGCCUCCACCUAUCGCCUCAAGGAGGUGAAGAACGGCCGUCUCGCCAUGAUCGGAAUCGGAGGAAUGGUCCAUCACUACCUUCUCACCGGCAAGGGACCCCUUCAGUUCCUUGGUGGCAUCCCCAACUACAAGUCCUGCGUUGCCCACGAUGUCGGCCCCAUCGCUAACUACUUGAUGAAGCCAGUUGGAACCAUCCUCCCCAAGAUGUGCUAAAUUAGAUUAUUGUCGCCUUUGAAUGAAACCAUGGAAUUUUUGUG